AUGCCCAACCUGAUUUCAGCACAGCCCGUCGACGCCUGGCACCGAUCACUCUACCUCUACACAUUCACGCCUGUUACGAUGCAUUUCCUCCGCUCCGGCGUCCUGGCCGUCGUGGCUACUCUCGCCGCCGUCGCCCAGGGUGACUACUCCAUCGACCCGGAUAGCGUGCCGCUGAGCACUAGACAGGCCUGGUGCCGGAACGAGCAGACCACUUGCCCCAUCAUCUGCCAGCAGAUGGAGCCCCAGAAGACCCUUGUCAACACAUGCGAUCCCGAGACACUCACAUACGGCUGCCUGUGCGGCAACAACCAGCGGCCCAACGUGUCCGAGUACACCCUGACGCUGCCCUACUUUGUCUGCCAGGAAUGGGGCAACCAGUGCGUCAAGGCGUGCGGCAACGACAACAAGUGCGCCUCGGCCUGCCGCGAGAAGCACCCCUGCGGUGCCACCGACCCCAAGAAGUACACUUCGACGGCCUCGACGUCGACGCCCACGGCCACGACGACCGACGCCAACACCAUCUUCACGGCGCCGGGCGGCGGCAGCGGCUCGAGCAGCGACAAGAAGGGCGCGGCCGUGGCGCUCGAGGUCGGACAGGCGUACGGCCUGGUGAUGGUCAUGGCGGGCCUGUUCGCGGGCUUUGCUCUGCUGUAG